AUGGCAACCGACUUGCAAUCCCCCAUGGCCUCCACGGCCCAACCAUCUCCAGCCCCGUCCUCCACCCGGGCUCACUCCAAAUCCAGAUCGAGAUCUCGACCGGCACGACGCCGACGAGAUUCCUCCCCCGCACCGCCUUCCUCUCCACCGGGUCUGCCAACACCCGCAUUCUCGCCCGAUGGACACAGCGAUUUGGACGACGAGCUCGGGGAGGAAGAUACCCUUUCGCCAUUCGACGCUCGCAGAAUCACGCCUACCCUCCAUGCCUCGCUCGUAUCGGAGAUCCUCAAUCUCCGCCGCGAAGUCGAGAGUAAAACCAAAGCCAUCGACGUGCUAGAACAGAGUUUAGAUGAAUCGAGGACGGAAACGGAAACGCUGGGCGAGAAUUUGUCCCGGGCGACUCGCGAAGCGCGCUCCCUGAAACACCAGAUCCAGUUGUUGGAAGGUGGGACGUCAUCGGCGAUGACGGAGUUGGCCCGCGAGCGGGACGAAGCAGUGGAGAAUAUCAAUGAUGUUCGCAAAAAACUGGAACAAACGCAGAAACGGGCUCGAAGUCGUGAGGAAGAAGCGGAGCGAACGCAGAUGUUGUGGGAUCGCGAUCGCGACACGUGGGAGAAUGAGCGCCGGAAUUUAGAACGCAAGGUCCACGUGGUGGAGGGCCGGUUGAAAACGGUCCUGAAUGAAGUUGCGGCCGCGCAGGAAGCGGGUACGCUUGUCUCGCAACAUGGCGAGGAUGAUGAUACGGAGAAGGAUAAGACGAAAGGUAGCGAUACUGCUAGUGUGGCGUCGAGUAGUCAGGGCCGGCGACGCACGAGUAUGACCAGUGUGACGACCGAUGAGGGCGACAAUGACGCUCAUUAUCACAAUGUUCGGUACUCGGUUAUGAGUAUGGCGCCUGGCAAGGGUGAUUCGGGUUUGAAUCUGGCUCAGGAAUUGGCAUUCGACGAGGAAGAGGAAGAUGAGUUUGUCGCGUCUGAUGACGAUGAGACUCCCGCUUCGCCAGAGGCACUUCCCGAGGAAAGGCCGUUGUCCGUACAUUCGGCAGCAUCGCAUGAUAUUUCGUCAAAGGCGCGGAGGAUUCUGGGUCUUUCGAUGCAGAGUAAUGCGUCGGCUAUUGCUGCGGAGUUCCGUGCGAUGGAGCCGCUUAGUCCUGUGAAAGUGGACAGUCAAGUGGAAUAUCGCGAUACGGGUAUCCAGUACUCACCACCACCGUCGCCUGAAUCAUUGGUUGCCGUUGAGGAUGUCGAGCCUGUGCCUGCUGAUAUCCCAGUAUUGGAAGUCACGACUGAGGAGGAUGACGAAUUGUCUGAAAUGAAGGAUUCCUCCACACUGACCAUCGAAGUCGAAAUGGUUUCCAGCUCUUGCCAGACAAUCGGCGAGCUGCCCAGUCCCCCAUGGACACCCAAAGUUCCUGAAUCGCCGGUCCGUCCUGCCGUUGAGGCGACCCCAGAGCCAGUUCAAAUGGCAACUGCUUCGACACAGACCGAUCACAUACCCGAGGUUGAACGAGUCGCUGCUGGAAAGGCUACAUUGUCGCCCAACGAUGUGCCCGCACAAAUGGAUAUUCCAAUGAUUGCCAUUCACCCGCCUGCUUCUGAGCCACCUUCACCCCGCAACAGCGUCGUUCUUCCGCCGCAAACCAAGAAUGUCUCGGUGCAGGCCAAUUUCAGGUCCGUCGUCGAAGGCCGAUCUGUUGCCAUUCAGACCGAGGAGAUUCGCAUCGACCAACGACCUGUCAAACUCCCUGCCAGCCUCCUACCCUCCGCCAUUCCCGAUCUUCCUAUCCGAUCCGAAGUCAAAGAACCCGUCUAUCAACCAUACCGUCCACCCGUACCUCCACCACGAUCUGCCAAGAGAGAGCAACGGCCAUUUGCGGCUGAACGACCUGCCAAACCACCACGUGCGCAGCCUUCAGAGCUCGUGCAGGCUUAUCCGGGCAACAACGACAACGGCCCGCUCUCGGACGAUUUGGUUUCUUCUGGUCUGCGACGACCCUUCCGCUCCAGCAGUUUGUUCGCUGGAUUUGAACAGCUAAGUGACGACGAGGAUCCCGCCGCCGAAGAGCGGGAUAUCUUCACGGACGACGAGCUGCUCAACCGUCCAUUCGCAUCUUACACCCUCCGCCGUGGCAAAAUGGUCAAUGCCAAGUCACGACCCAGUCUCGACGAGAUGGCUCUUCCUGAAAUCGAUGAGCAUCUCUCUGAUCCCGAGUCACGCCCAUCUGACGUUGCUCGAGGCUCACGGCCCGUCCUCCGAUCCGGUGCAAGCGCUACUUCUGCUACCCGCCAGCCUGGUAUGCGCAAAAUGGCCAUGAUUUCCAGCGGUGCGGCAGCACAUCAGAAGACGCGCGCUCGCAGCCCUAGCGAACCCAGUCUCGAAAGCGGCAGCGCGGGAUCCAGCAUCGCCCCUCCCUUCCCUGUUCCUAUCCGCCUCAGUUCUCGAAAGAGUGGGCUGAAUGGUAGCGAUGGACCACCAAGCCCAACCCGCUCGGCGAGACAGUUCUCGGACCGUGGUGCGCGUGCAACAAUCGUGCGCCGGCCAACUCUGCGCCGAGUUCGCUCCGCAGCAGCAAUGUCCAACUCGGAUCUCCCCGAACGUCCUGAAACCCAAUCAUCACCAGCACGCUCUGCAUCCUCUUUCGUUUUGGAUAGUCCAUCUUACAACCCGCCUCCAAUGCCGUUCGAUGAUAUCACAGCUCCUCGUGACCGACGCAAUGUCCAGAAACGGGCCUCGCAUCGUGCAACUGGAUCUACGGGUUGGAACCAUGACCGGCGGGACUCGACGGGUGGCGUGCAACCAACUAGUGUGGUUGACGCAAUUGCUCAGACUAUGGUUGGCGAGUGGAUGUUCAAGUACGUCCGUCGCCGCAAGUCUUUCGGCAUGGGCGAGUCCAAGGAUAAUUGGGAGGGCAAGAACCCUGAUGAGGUAUCGGCCAACAUCACCAACAGUGGUGUCCGACACAAGCGAUGGGUCUGGCUUGCACCAUAUGAGGGUGCCAUCAUGUGGAGUAGCAAGCAGCCGACCAGCGGGCCUGCAUUGCUGGGCAAGAGUGGCCGAAAGUUCACCAUUCAAUCCGUCCUCGAUGUGAAAGACGACAACCCCAUGCCUAAAGGCAGCACCACUCCCGCUCCCUUCAACCGUUCCAUCCUCGUUCUUACGCCCCAACGCGCCCUCAAAUUCACCGCGCUCACCGUAGAGCGCCACUAUGUCUGGCUCACAGCCCUCUCCUUCCUCAGCCACUCUUCAAUGGGCCUCCAAGACCUCGCCGCCAUCCCCCCAGCGCCUCAAGAAGAGGCCGCCUCACCACCACCCCACGCCGCCCUCCGCCGCAACCCCAUCCGCGACUCUAUCCGCGUCGCAAAGGGUAAACCCCGCCCAAUGCCAAAGGGCAAACGAUCCUUCCCCGGCGCACUAGUGCCCGAAAUCCCCUCCGCAGGGGACCUGGACAACUUGGCUGCCGACGCACCCCACGUCCCCCGCUUCUCGAACCACAGCAGCCACCAUCAUACUCGCAAACGCAGUAACACGGCUCCACGCCCGCCCGCGUUGCACGCUAUCCGCAGUUUUUCCAGCCAGGGAACUGUGCCCUCAUCGCACAGCGGGACAACGGGUUCAAAUGAACCGUAUUUCUCGCCCGUGGCGCCUCCGGCUUUACCUGCGGGUAUCCGAAGUGGUCGAAGCAGUAUUAGUCGUACGUCGGAGGGGAGUGGACGUACAGCGAAUACGGCGACAAGUAAUAUGUUUGAUGUCGGCACUGUUCGUAUGGAGGCGUUCAUUGAUCACCAUGCUGAGCAGAUUAAUCGUCCUCGGGCUGUGCCGUCUGUGAAACAGCGGCAUGCGCGGAAGACGUCUAGUCAGUGGAGUGCAUAUGAUGGCCGGUCUGUGGAUGAGAGUGAGCUUUCUUUCCGAUCAGAUCCUUUCAGAGGGUUCUAG